AUGCCUCCUCCGCCAAGACGCCCGCGACUGGGAGGCUUGACCAGACCAGGAGGAAGCCGAGUGCCUCGACAACCACCACCGCGCAAACAAGAAGCCGCGGUGAAGAAAUGUCCCGGUUGUGGCAGUACCGAAUUCGUGGUGGAUGAAGGGAGCACCAUUUGCAAGAAUUGUUAUGUUCAAAUCGACGAGUCCAACAUUGUUGCCGAAGUCACCUUURAGGAACAGCAGGGUGGUCGCUCAACCGUCCAAGGUGGCACCGUCGCCGACAACUCGCGCCAUGCGCGUACUCUGGGAGCGGGAGCCUACCGCAAAGUUGGUGGGGGUGAGAGGAACAGCCUUGCAGACAUCCAAAACGCCGGUCGUCGCAACCUCGAGGCUCUUUGUCCAAAACUCGGCAUCACCGACAAUGUCUCCAUGCAGGCCAACCAGAUCUGGACCCUCGCCGCCAACAUCAACUUUUCCGCCGGCCGCAAGACCAGCGAAGUCAUCUCCGCCUGUCUCUAUGCCGCCUGUCGACGCCAGACGUCCAACGACAUCCUUCUCAUGGACAUUGCCGAGCAACAGGGACUCAACGUCUUCAGGUUGGGAGAAGUGUACAGAUCUUUAUGCAAGGAACUCUAUCUCAACAACGAAAGCGUCGGCCAUCAAAAUCUCGUCGAGCUGGAGCCUCUGAUCCACAAGUACUGCGAAAAACUCCAGUUCGGCAAUAAGACGUCGACUGUGGCAGAAGAUGCGCUUCGAAUCAUCCGGCGUAUGAACCGCGAUUGGAUCGUUUCGGGUCGUCAUCCUGCAGGCUUGUGUGGAGCGUGCAUCAUCCUCGCAGCACGCAUGAACAACUUUCAGAGAAGUGUGAGGGAGGUCGUCUACGUCUCGAAAGUUGCAGAUGUCACAAUCGCCAAGCGUAUUGCAGAGUUCCGCAAAACCAGAUCUUCUGGCCUCACAGUUGAACUCUUCCGGGAGCUUGGAAACCGGAUCACUACUCAAGAAGACCCACCAUCCCUGUACGCUUCUGAGCACAUGGAGAAGAUCAUGGAGAAAAGACGUCAAAAGCGUCAAGAGCACAUGCGUAUGUUGGAAGAGCGGGCAACUUUGGAGCGAGAAUCUCAGCUCGGCGCUUCUCAACCUCGCACCAUCAUUGAAAUACCAGACGAUGUCACGGACGCCUCCUCCCGGUCUCCUUCAGUGGGAGCAACAUCCGAACCCCCGUUCCCUCUACCCACGCCGCCAGCAACUCAGCAAAUACCACCGACAGCCCCUAUGGUCGUGAACCCCGUCACAACUACACCUGAGCCUACACCCAACGCUUCACAAUCCGAGCAGGCGAAUGAUGUUGCAGCACCCGUCGAGAAGGCGCCAGCCAAGCGAAAAAGCGCAAAAGACCUGGCCUCGCCAUCUAAACGCCAAAAGACCGCUGCCUCGGACGUCUUCCAAAUGCCUCGAUUCGAUGCUGACGGCUUUGCGAUCCCAGCUCUUCCUGUUCCCGUGAUAGACCCAGCGCUUGAAGAAAAGGAGGAAACGCCUAAACGCGGUCGUGGUAGACCGAAAAAGGCGGACAAGCCUCCCGAAAUUGUCAUUUGUGAAGAAGAACUGGCGGAAGAAAACUACCUGGAAAUGCAAAUCCAGGCCGCUCUUGAGAACGGUCAAGUUCAAGAACUAAAGACCGAGGUCGAGAAAGCCAAGGAAGAAGCCGAAAACGAACAACGCAUCCUCUUGCAACAGAGAAGAGCGCGGGUCCUGGCCAGUGAGCAACAAAAGGUCGAUGCACAGAACAACAAGGAGCGACGAGAAGCCGCGGGCCAAAACGUCUUCGGCGAACCUACACAGUGGAAUCCUGGUGAGAUCCUGACCGCCGAGCAACUGGAAGCUGAAUUCGAGAAUGAUCCCGAAGUCGAGAAUUGCCUCUUAAGUGAGGCGGAGACCAAAAUCAAGGAGCAGAUCUGGGUUGCACAUAACGAAGACUGGCUACGUAAGCAAGCAGAGAAAGAGUUACUGGCCAAGGUUGCGAGCACAACUACCAACAAACGCAAGUCUGGCAAGCUCCUCAAGAAUGGGAAGAAACGCAAAAAGCACAGCAGGAUGGGUGAUGGUACUGUCUUGACGGAAGCAUCGACGCCUGUAGAGACGCCUGAAGACGCCGCCAAAGCGAUGCUGGAGAAGCGCGCACCACAAAAGUCAUUACAUGUCGACUUCAGCGUGCUGCAGCGCAUCUACGGCCGAGAGACCCCAGCGCGUGGUAGUGCUACCCCCGAGGAUAGAAGUACUUCGCAGACACCGGUUGAAAGCAGACAGCCAUCAGCUACGCCUGCACCGGGAGAAGGUGAGGCCGAUGCUGAGGCCGAGGCUGAGGCAUCCGGGCCGAGACCUGUUGAGGAAGAUACUCAAGCUGGAGCCGAGGAGGGCGCUGAUGAUGAUGGAGCUGACGAGGACACCAAUGAUGAUGACGACUUUGUCGAAGACAUGGACGAAAACCCAUGGGAUUCCAUCAAAAAAGGCGCUGCUAUUGAGGAACCAGAUGUGGAGCCGGAGUUGGAUGAGUUUGGUGAGGUAUAUGCUCCGAUGGAGGAUGACGAGUAUGAUGAGUAUGAGUGA